AACGUCCAAUAACACGAUACAUGUGCUCUAGACAAAAGUUGUGAUGUUAAAAGCAACACCAGUUGUAUUUGUAUGUUUGCAUCAGCCGGUCGCAGUCAAUGUCGUGUGAGACAUUGACAGAAGAUAUUGGAUCAUAGUGCGGUGCUUGUGUGUUCCUUGUGUGAUUUGGAAAAAUAGUGGGUUUUCGAUUCAAACUAUUGAUUGAUAAUUACGUCCGCCACUUGAACACGAUAGUGAAAAUCUUGGUGCCUUGAUUGUGUAUCGCAUUCUCUCGAAAGUUGUAACAAUUUUUGAGAUAGUUGCGUCAGACGAAAGUUAUCUCGAAACCAUAAUCAGUUUGCUUGUUCGACAUUCCUUUCAGAUCUUCAUUGGCGCAACUCAACAUAAGCAAUUAAAUCAAUUCGUCUUUCACGAUGGUUAAUGAAUAUACCGGUCCGCCAGCUCAAGAGCUGGAAACAUUUUUACCCAAGGAUGUGAAAAAUGGAACGUCAAAAUACAAGAUCACGCCGGCCAAAACUGAUGUGGAAACAGCCUCAGGUUCAUUCGAUCCGUUCAAGGAGAGAAAUUGUGAACAUCCCACUACCGAUGGCGAAACUUUGACCCAUCUUUUGAAAGCCUCACUGGGAACGGGGAUUCUGGCUAUGCCCAUAGCCUUCAGCUACGCUGGCCUUGUGGGUGGAAUUCUCGCUACGGUCCUGACUGCACUUAUUUGUACCCACUGCGCAUAUGUUUUGGUUAAAUGCGCACAUACUUUAUAUCAUAGAACAAAAAGCACGGCGAUGACAUUCGCUGAAGUAGCUGAAGUCGCAUUGGACAACGGUCCUCAAUGGGGACGUGGUUGGGGCAAAUUUGUUAGUAAAUGCAUUACCUAUGGUCUAUUCGUGACAUAUUUCGGAACGUGUGCUGUCUACACGGUCAUAAUUGCUACAAACUUCCAACAAGUAAUCGAGCACUACACGGGAACGGAAAUGAACCUGCGAAUGACGAUAGCGCUACUGUUGGUUCCCCUGAUUCUACUGUCUUGGAUACCAAAUUUGAAAUACUUAGCUCCUGUUUCGAUGAUUGCCAACGUAUUUAUGUGCGUUGGGUUGGGUAUCACAUUCUACUAUUUGGUAACUGAUAUGCCUCCUCUGACAGAGAGACCGUUAUUCAUUUCGGUGUUAAAUUGGCCUUCGUUUUUUGCUAUCGUCAUUUUUGCAAUGGAAGCCAUAGGCGUGGUUAUGCCUUUGGAAAAUCAAAUGAAAACACCUCAAAACUUCAUCGGAAUCUGUGGCGUUUUGAAUCAAGGAAUGGCUGGUGUCACUCUUAUCUACAUAUUUCUUGGAUUCUUGGGAUACGUUCGGUACGGUGAUCAAGCCUUGGGAAGCAUCACUUUGAAUCUGCCAGUCGAGGAAAUUCCGGCGCAAGCAGUGAAGAUACUUAUUGCCCUAGCUGUUUACUGUACAUUUGGUCUGCAAUUCUACGUUUGUUUGGAUAUUGUAUGGAUUGGAAUUCGUAAUAAAUUCAGAAAGAGGCCCACACUGGUAAAUUAUACCAUGAGAACUGUUCUUGUAACGGCUGCUGUCCUACUGGCUGUCGCAGUUCCUACUAUUGGACCAUUUAUUGGAUUAAUCGGAGCUUUCUGUUUUUCAAUUCUUGGCCUUCUCAUCCCAAUUCUCAUCGAAAUGGUAACAUACUGGGAUCAAGGGUUCGGCAAAUUCAACUGGAUUAUAUGGAAGAAUGUUCUCGUUAGCAUCUUUGGCAUUAUUGCUCUAGUCUUCGGAUCCAAGACCUCAAUCGAAGAUAUCAUAAAACUAUAUACCAAUUAAUAGACUGAAGGGUACAUUUCAUUCACAAAAAUUGAUUUCAUUCUUGUUAUGCUAUAUAACUUUUAAUGAAAGCGCAUGGCACAAAAUGCGUUCGGUCGCAACCAUAUUCAAUGCUCAUUUAUUCGAUCAGAAAUCAUGAUAACUGUAUCUUUUUAUCAGACAAGUGCUUGACGAAAGUGAAACUUAUCAGGGACAUGUUUUCGCUAUCAACGUACGAAUACUAUACUGAAUUAUAUGUAGUAACGAACAUCAAGUGCCUAAUUUGAUUCAUUUGUACUAGUUUGUAUGAAGCGAGGAAUAAAAUGAUAUGCAAUAGUUUGAAAAAAAAUUAUCGGAAACAGUUUUUGGAAAGGAAUGAUAAUAAACAUACGUACUAUUAUCAAACCGUUCAUGAACUGCAAUGAAUUCAUGGUUAACAAAUGACAUUUUCUAGCAAGUUUACAACAAUUCGAUUAUUGAUAAGACCAUUUGUAUUCAAUAACCGAUUCUUUUUAUAAAAGAAACCACUAAAUUCAUGCAGCAAUGAUUAAAGUUAUUGUAAGCCAAUAAAGUUAUUGGGUAGCGUGUAAUACAUUUUUUUCAUGAAUUAGUAGUGUAUUUAUUUAUUAUAAUAGCAGCACGUUUGCUUGUGCGACCGAUUAGACUAAUUGAAAUGAAAAGCAUACAAAUUCUAAAUAAAACAGUUAGUUUAAUAAAUAA